GCGUCCGUCCUGCGCGUGCCCACCAGACUCAAGCAGCGAGGCGUCACAACAAAGCUGCCAACAGGGGGCCUCUCCUACAUACCCAAGAAGAAAUGUUAGAGAGGGCAAUGAGGAAGAUGUGGAGAUCAGAUGACAUUGUGGAAGAGGAGAGACAUAGUAUGCCAUCAGAGGUUUUUCAGCAACCUGAGGUUCAAGAUGACCACUCUGAUGAAGCUGCACUUCAUAGUAUCUUGCAGCCAGAAGGGGGAGAGAUAGAAAGAACCAAUGAGAAGAUGGAUUGCAAAGACAAACAAAACACCCAAUUGUUCCAGAAUGCAAGCCAGUCUGUGUCCCAAAAUCUAGCUAAUCAUAAUCAAGCCUGUCAGGCAAGUGACCAUGAGCAUGCUGGAAUGAUAAAACAGGAUUGUAGGACUGAUUUGCCUAUAAAUGACACUAAGGCUGACCUUGACCAUAGUACUAAACUCCAGGGUAAAUUGCCCUGUCCUCGAUGUGAGAGAAGGUUUACAAGUAGUCAAGGCCUGCAGCGUCACAUACAAACACAUGCUCUUUCAACCUGCCACACACAGCGGUUUAAAUGCAAUCGCUGCAGAAGGACCUUCAGUACGCUGUUUAGUCGUCGGAGGCAUGAGAAAAGGCAUGAAAAAAUUAAUAGGAAGACGAAUGAUCAUACAAUUGCCACUUGCACUGCUAGUCAGAAUGUCCCUGGCAGUGGUGAGCCUUUGAAAAAAACAUCACAAAACCCACAGCCAAACAAGUGCAUUAAUGCAGCUGAUGGUGAGCAUAGGGAUGAUAAAAACCGUGCUUUCAAAGCCUCACACAUCUGCAAGUAUUGCAAAAAAGCAUUUAGGACUCAUACUAGCCUAAGGAGACACCAGCGCAGGAUCCAUGAGUGCCAGCUUCUUCCUAGAGGAGUUUAUAAGAAGGUCAAAAUCACUCAAGAACCUGAAGGACAGCAGCUUGUUGAGACAGCACAGGACUGUCAGACUCCUAACCCACGGUGUGCAGAGGACAUUGAUCAGGAAAAGGAAUACAUGGUUGACAUCUCCAGUAAUAUUUCAGAGAAUCUCAGCUUCUACAUAGAUGGGAAAAUUGUCUCGACGAGUGCUGUAAGUAACUGUGAGGUGAUUGAGAUGAACACUGCGGGCUCUGCUGUGAUUGGAUUGAAUGCUGUUAUAAUCAGUCCAGCUCAAAUUACACAAGCUCUUAAAUUGGAAACCAGUAACAGCAGUUUCAUCUCUGACCUGUCUGGACAAUCCUCAGCCAAAAGAAGGACGUCGACCCCACCUUUACUCCCACAAAUAAAAACAGAAUUAGAGUCUGAAUCCAUCUUGAGUACCUCAUCAUCUUCCUUGUCAUCUUUAACAUUGUCCUCUGGCUCUGGAGCUCCACUGGUCACUGCUCAUUUACCUCAGUGCAUUGAGACAGUUGCCUUUCACAAGGAAAAAACUGUCUAUCUGUCUCCCAAACUCAAGCAGCUCCUGCAGAAUCAGGAUGGCAGUAAUCAGUCGUUUGCGUUAAUUGCCGAUGGCCACAAUCUAGGUCCUCCCUUAUCCCUGACUGUUUUACCUGCAACAACAACUAGAUUUAAGAGAAGGACAACCUCCCCUCCCAGCUCACAACAGCAAACCCCUGAUCUGAAUGUAGAAAAUCAAGAUCAGGAUUCUACAAAAGCCAAGAUGUCAAAGUCGGAGAGCCACGAGUUGAGCCUCUUGGGCAAUGAAGAAAUUGAGCCUUUAAAUUUACCCAUAAACAGCUCUGAUGAAGCUCAAAUGCAGUCACAGAUCUUGCCAUUGGACUGCUCUGUAUCAAGAACAGGAGGAAACUCCUGUAAUCAACAGCCAUUGGACCUCUCCAACUCUGUGGGUAAGCGAGACAGCAGUGAAGCCUUAGUGGAGUCCAUUUUGGACUUAAGUAUUAGUGGAAAGAGUUUAGACUGUGACUCCACUGGAGUCUUCCUCACUCAGCCUGCUUUGAGGAAGAAUAAACCUAACUCUAGAAUGCUUCAGAAGGUGCUUAUGAAUGAGUAUGGUGGGGUAGACAAUCCUUCUGUUGAAGAUUCAGCUGCUGCAGGUGUCGUCAGUGCUGACCUAACAAACCUUGCAGUUGUGCCAGUGUCUGAUGCAAGUCCACCAAACCCUGAAAAGCUUUUGUUUGAAUUGGCUCUUCCUCCUGCCUCAAUCCAUUUAACCCCUCCAUUGCUCGCUCCUGUCAGUAUCCAUCAAACUGCCCCAGUCCCUCCACGUCACUGUUCAUCUUCUUCAUCUCCAACUUUUGUAUCCUUUCUAUCAACUCCCACAGUGGAAACCAAUCAGGACAUUCAAACUCUCCAUUCAACCUUCCUGGUAUCUGACACUGUACCACCCACAGCGUCUGUAGAAGACUGCGCUGAUAAUCCUGUACAUCUCUCACAGGAGGAUUUGAAAGUGACAAUCCCUGAUUGGGUGUCCUCUGCUCCUGUAGGUCUGGAGAGCCUUAUACCUCCAGCCCCUUCCCUGACUUUACAAGGCCCUCAAUGGGUUGCUGAUCCUGCCAUAUGUGAACUAGCUCAAAGAACGUUGGUUGUAGAUUCUGUAUUAGCUUCUAACACACAGAUAUUUUCUCCAUCUCUGCCUGUUAAUCAGUCCAACAUCGCAUCCUUGGCUUUUCCUCCAAACACGGUUGUUAUUGAGUAUACAGUUGCACUGCAAUCUACAGAAAAUAUUCUCCCAGGACUCCAAGCUAAUUCUGUUCAUUGCCUCUCAGAUAAAAUAUCUGUCGAUGCAUUACAACAAGAACCUUAUGUCCCAUCUGAGCCGCAACCUCUCAGUCAUGACACCUCCCUACUUUCUGAACCAUCCACACAGUCGGUUUCUAUAGAGCAGUCAUCAAACUCUACAGAUGGUACACCGACCCUCACGGCUUCCACUAGUGUUGUAAAAGCAGAGAGCAAAGAAGAGGGACAGGACAAAGCCCAGUCCUCUGAUUGUUCUAAGCAGGAAAACACAGUAGAAGAUGAAUUACCUCCCUUGCAUACUUUUUGCAAGAACUUUAUGUGCAAUGUUUGUGAACAGCCCUUCCAGUCCAUGAAGAUUCUCAGCCAACACGUAGGUGAACACUCUAAGGAGUGGCCCUAUAAAUGUGAAUUUUGUGUACAGUUGUUUAAGAGUGACACAGGUUUGCUGGAGCACCGUUCCAGUUAUCAUGGCAUCGGUAAAAUUUAUGUUUGUAAAACAUGUUCUAAGGAAUUUGCUUUCCUCUGCAACUUGGAACAGCAUCAACGAGAUCUCCAUCCCGGUCAAGAGUGCUCACACACCGAAGUAGUACAUGGCAAGUUAAGACCUGAAAACCAUAACAGUCCCAAAACUGACAUGACUGAUCCAAGCCUUCCAAUCAAAGAAAUUAAGCAAGAAUCUGACAUCAUAACCUUAAAAGCAGAGGAGGAUGCCUUGGACAACUUGGACACUUCUGAAGAGCUGUUUACAACAAUAAAAAUCAUGGCAUCUGGAGGGGUCAAACCAAAAGGCCCAGAUGUACGUCUAGGCAUUAAUCAACACUACCCAAGUUUCAAACCACCUCCUUUUCCAUACCAUAAUCGAACACCAACUGGGAUGACGGCUGCAUCAGCCACCAACUUUACCACCCACAACAUCCCUCAGACCUUCAGCACAGCCAUUCGUUGCACCAAGUGUGGUAAGAGCUUUGACAACAUGCCCGAACUGCACAAGCACAUCUUAGCCUGUGCUAAUGCUAGUGACAAAAAGCGCUACACUCCUAAAAAGAACCCUAUACCACUUAAGCAGUUUGCAAAAGCACAAAAUGGGGUGUUAUCAACUGCAAGGAUUGUUAAUGGUAGGCAGAAUCUCUCUCAAAAGGUCGGACAACUGAAAAAAAUUAACUUUCACGAAUCGGCAGUUAAAAUAAAAAUGAGUCUCCUGAAUAAGAAGAAAUCUCAGCUGUUGCAAAGGGGCAGACCUGCUGGUCUGAGAAAGGCCUUCGCUCAGGAUGACCUAGACAUUUUUGCAUGUCCUCACUGUAGCAGGGAGUUCACAUACAAUGCUAGUUUAAAGAAACAUGUAGCUUUUAGCUGCCCCAUGAGGCCAGCCAGUAGAAACUCCAAGAAAAGAACACUCGGUAUCGUUUUAGCUCAGGAGAACAACGGGAGCCUUCGCAGACAAAUUGCAAAUUUGAGUGCAAAGCCACAAGGGUCAAACCAUGGGCCAAAAAUAAUAACAAAGAGUCAAAUCAUCAAGCAAGAUGCCGCAGUUGAUACCACUCAGGAUUUUAGACUUAAAAGAUCUUCCAUUCUGUCAACAUCUGUGGUUCAAUCUGGUAAAAAAGGCAAGAUAGUCCUCUCCUCAGUUGCUCAGGUUAAUUCUCAGGAGCCGGGUGUUCGGGUACAUGUUUUAGGUAGAAAAAUGGAGCAGGGCGUGGGCGACAUAAAGCUACGGCCCAGAAGAGAGGACCGUUUGUCUCUGAGGUUGAGGGAGAGAGUAGGAGGACCUAUUACUCGCAGUGUGCAGCAGGCCAGCACCACAACAACAGUCAUUAAACAGCCAGACAGCAACAACAUAAUCAUGCUUCCUGUCAUUCUUCAAGUCAAGAAAUGAGACUUGUAAACUAUUGACUUGUAUCCUUUUUUCUAAAUGCCCCCUUAGUGCAACAUUUACCUGUAAAUAUGCAUCUAAAUAUUGGACAUGGUUGAAACAAACUUAAAAUUAUGGCUGAAAUAAGAAUGUCCUU